UCUGCUACUCUUUUUCUCUUAAAAAUUUACAUUUUCUGGGUGUUUUUAUUUUAUUUUUACAGACAUUUUGUUCUCGACUAUAACACCGCUAAUGUUUUUAUUUUUUUUUGAAGAUUUUUUUUAUUUUUUUAUUUUAAGAGUGAGGUGUUCUCGUUGAUCUUAGAUCCCAGUUGUACUAUUUCGAAGGUCCACAUCAUAGAUUUCUGCUGCUUAACUUGACUUUUUAUUGGUGCCCGUAUUUUGUCAUAUUUAGUGGAAAUAUUUUCAAGCGUCUUCAGUUUUUGGAAAGCAUGAAGGAUUGGUGUUCAACGCAUCUUUUUGUAUGUUCUGAACCACGUCAUGCCUCACACUUCGUCUAGACACCUUUGAAGACACAAGGAAGACUUUAACUCCUGAGACUGUGACCGUUUCAGCAUUUGCAUGACCGCACAUCCCUGACGCAUCUGCAGAGAACAAGACUGCGGCAAUGGAGAGCAGUUCAAACGAAAGUGACUUUUGGCAAUUUAACGAAUCCUGGAAGAACGCAAGUGUCAUUAACGGCACCGGUUGGUCGAAUCAGACCAACCCUCUCAAGCGGAAUGAAGAAGUGGCGAUGGUGGAGGUAUCUGUUUUGGCACUGGUGCUGUUACUGGCGCUGACGGGGAACCUGUGCGUCCUGCUGGCCAUCCACACCACAACGCAGAGCCAGUCUCGCAUGUAUUACUUCAUGAAGCACCUGAGCAUCGCCGAUCUAGUUGUGGCGAUAUUCCAAGUUCUCCCUCAGCUUAUCUGGGACAUUACAUUUCGGUUCUAUGGACCAGACAUGUUGUGCAGGUUGGUGAAAUACCUACAGGUCGUCGGAAUGUUUGCCUCCACUUACAUGUUAGUUUUGAUGUCUGUGGACAGGUGUCUGGCCAUUUGUCAGCCUCUUCGUUCUUUGCACAGGAGAAAAGACCGUUUCUAUGUCAUAUGUUCGUGGGUCCUGAGCCUGCUGUUCAGCAUUCCGCAGAUGUUCAUUUUCUCCCUGGUCGAGGUGGGCUCGGCCGGAUCAGGAGUGUACGACUGCUGGGGCGACUUCGUGAAGCCUUGGGGGGCCAAAGCUUACAUCACAUGGAUGAGUCUCACUAUAUAUAUCAUUCCAGUGGUGAUACUAAGCAUUUGCUACGGGCUGAUAAGCUUCAAAAUAUGGCAAAACUUUAAACUGAAAACUAGGCGUGAGCAGUGUAUUAGUCUGACGCCCAAAACCUCCAAAUGCAACACACUGACUCGCGUGAGCAGCGUCAAGCUCAUCUCCAAGGCGAAGAUCACCACGGUGAAAAUGACUUUUGUGAUAGUCGUGGCUUAUAUCGUCUGUUGGACCCCUUUUUUCUCUGUUCAGAUGUGGACUGCGUGGGAUUCGGCAGCACCCCGUGAGGCUCUGCCCUUCAUCAUCUCCAUGCUGCUGGCAAGCCUCAACAGCUGCUGUAACCCCUGGAUCUACAUGUGCUUUGCUGGGCACCUGUUCCAGGAUCUUAGGCAGAACUUUCUGUGCUGUUCUACUCGCUACCUCAAGUCAUCCCAGUGCAGUUGCGAGCGUGACUUUGACUCCAGUCACAAGAGCAACUCCUCAACCUUUGUGAUUAAAAGCACCAGCAGUCAGAGGAGCAUCACACAGACUUCCACCACAUAAGCACUCAUCCUGCGUUCGCUUCUUUUUCUCAAGCUGCCCCGCCUGUCACCAAUGUCGUUGGCCAUAAAACAUGCAGCAGUUCCUUCAGUUACCUCUUGCUCUGGAGCUCAAUGUUCACACUCUGUAGGAAACUAAAACAAAGUUAAUGAUGUUUUUCUUCACAGUACCUUACACAUAUGUAAUAUACAGAUAUGUGAAUGGAAAGAUGUACAGAAUAUUAUUAAGGAUGUGAUGUAUUAUGCUCAAAGGCAUACAAGAUAAUAAUGAACCAGGCUGGAAAAUCAUUGUUGUUUGAGAUGUAAAGUACAUAUUUACAUAUUUGCAGAGAAAUGUAAGAUAAGAAAAAUAUCUCCAAGCACUUUCAACAGUGGCCAACUUUGUUACUGAUUGAAUUGUUGUCAUCAGCAAAGCUUAUAGAUCCUGCUUGUCUGUGCUAUGAGUAUAUGUAUAAUGUAUAUUAUAUUGUUCGCUUUCCUCGUUUGCUAUUAAUUGCAUUCAUGUAAACUUAGAUGUUGUUAGAUGUGGCAAGUCAUUGGUAUAAUUAAAAAAGUUGAAAAAUAAAUAAAGAACAAAACCAG